UUUUUAUUUUUCCUGAGGUGGAUGUGGAGAAAGAGGAAAAUUUAUUUUUGUGUAGUGGUGCAAUCCAAAGGCGCAAACCAAGCCAAGGCUCUCACGCUCACUGUCACACAGCUGAAGAAACCCACAACACCACCGUCAACGGCUGAGAACCACCGCAACUUCGACGCCGCCGUCGACCCAGAAAUGUCGCUUGUCGACUACGCUUCCUCUUCAGACGACGACGUUUCGGAACCCACCGAAGAAGAAGAACUCAAUAAAGAAGAGGAACCCCAACGCCGCUCACCGCCACCUCAACCUCUUCCUCCUCGUACCCAGACUAAAUCUGGAUCUUCGUCUGACCAGCAGUUAGAAAAUAAACCACAUUCAUCUUCACAUUCAGUGGAGAAACUUCCUGAUGCUUCUUUUCUUUUGAAUGCACCCGCUGUCUCAUCUAAUCUGAUGAGUGCUAGUGACCACUUCUCUCGAGUUGCUGCAGCUCAAGCUGAAAAUGCUUCACGUAAGCGAGAUUCAAAUGGAAUGGCCUCCUCUGCUGUUCGUAGUAAAGUUCCUAGAGGAAACUUGCCUCAUUCAAGGACUGUUCCAGAAACUGGCGGUGCUAUGCUGUUUCCACCUCAGAUCAGUGGAAGGAAAAAUGUUGUUACAGAAGACAUAAGCAAGCUCUUUGUCAAAAAACAUCACUAACAUUUUUAGCGUUAGAAGUUUGCUUAUUGAAAUCAAUGAUGGGUAUGAAACUUAAACUUGAAGAUGUGGCACUUCACCUUCUUGAAAGUGCUUGCUUUUGUAGAAUGUGUACUUAACUUUUAAGUUUGUUUAUAUCCCUAGGUUGUACUUACCCGUCUUGUUGAUUAUAUUACAUUCUUAACUGCCAUCCCAGCCAAGAAAGAGAAAAAGGAGCUGAAAUUUAAGGGUGAUUUGCUUCACAGCAUAUUUAUUAGAUUUUGCAAUUAUGAUUUAGGAUUUUGAGAAUAUUAUGAAGGCUUAAAUAUGUUUUAAGUCCCUUAAAUUUAGGGUAAACUUGUUUUAGGUUUCUCAAAUUUAAAACUGUUGUUUUUAGUUCCUAUAAUUUUCAAAAUUUUUGUUUUAGUCCCUCAUGUCACCAAUAACAUAUUUAAAAGUGAUAGAUCGAGACACAUAUACACCAUCUACUAGGUUUAAUGUGUUGUUUUCACUUAUAAGAAUACUAGUAGAUAGAUUUUCUGCGACAAUAUUUGAAAAAUUUCGUGACAAAAUUUGAGUAUAUGGACUAAAAUAAUUUGUUUUUGAAAUUGUAGGGACUAAAAAUGCUAGUUUUAAAAUUUCAAGGACAAAAAAACGUAUUUAAGCCUACUAUGAAUGUUAUUUCCAUGCUUCAUUUAAGGUUUUAUAAAUAUAUUCAGGCUUGUUAGGUCUUUUUGAAAGGUACAGGUUGGAGUGAUUGCAAGGAGAUACUUGUCUAAAUUCCAUUAAAAUAUGUUAAGUUACUUGCCUUUCAAUUAUGUUUUGCAUUGUCUUUAGUUCCAAUCUGUAGGAACCAAGAGAUUGUCCCAGUUGCCUAAAUCCCUUUUAGGGGUUGAUGGAAUAAUCUGAAACCGAAUAUGCCACUUAAAGCUGAUCACAUAGUUUUUCUUAUGUGGAAAAGCAAAGAAUUUCUAUCACUUGCUACCUCACAUUUGAGAGUGCUUUCAAACAUAAUAGUCGAUCUCGGAUGGCGGAAUGGAGUGGUUGACUACAAAAGUGGGUUAGCGGGAUUGCAGAUAGCGGAAUAACCAUUAUUCUAAUAUUAUAUAUAUAUAAAAGCUAAAAAAAUAGAAAAUUUACUCUAAAUUCAUGCAUUAAUCAUUUUUAAUAAUAAAAAUUCAAAGUACUCAAGCAAAACAUAACAUAAAAUGACUAGAAAAUAAAGUGCUAAAGUUCUAAGUAAUUAAAAAAGUAGACAUUAAACUUUAAUUUCCUUCCUCAUCAAGAUUAAAGCCCCUAAGCUCUGAUUUUUUGGUUGAUCAGUGUUUGGUUGGGUCAUGGUCUUGUUGAUCACCAAAGAACAAAACCGCUCAAAUAAUAAAAAUGAAUAGAAAAAAGAGAGAAAAGGAACAGGA